GAGAUGCGAGGCGGCGGGCCGACCGUGUCAGUGCUCGCGGCUGCAAAAGGCAAGUCGAGGUACCUCCCUCGCCUUGCAAGUGCGCAUUACACCACGCGCAAAACCGCGUUCAGAUGGUCUGCCGCCCCCAUACGCGAGAUUCCUCGCCGGCCGACGACGAUUUAUCCUGCAUGAACGUGGUCCCCGACACGGAGUCUGACCUACCCGCUGCCACCACUUGGCGGGUACGGCGCGACAAGUUGCACAAUCGCUGCGAACAACUGCCGCGUCAAUGACCAAACCGCAUCCCUCGGCGAAGUCGACCAAACCAAAACGCCGCAAACCGGCCGCCGCAAACCCGACUGCACGAGAGCCGACAUCAGAGGCGGUUUUGUACGAGAUCCGCGACAUAAUCGACGAGAAGUACGUUAAAGGCAAGUUAUUGUACAAGGUCGAUUGGGCCGACGACCCCACCACUGGCGAGCAAUACGAUCCCACUUGGGAACCAGCAGAGAACGUAACAGCAGCCGCAGUUGUCGACUGGGAGAGAGAGAAGCGUCGCCGCCUAGGCCUCGAACUCGAACCAGUGCUGUCCCCGGAGGGCGCGGCAAAUCGUCAAAGAGACCUCACGCCUACAAUCGUGGGCGGUAGGGCGACGAAGCGGCCAAGGACGUCCUUUGACUCGGGAUACACGUCCACCGACAGCGACCCCGACGCCAGCUGGGCGUUUGUGCAGUCGGUCCCCAACAGGACAAGCGAACUUGUGUGCGCAAUCCCAGCUACUCCUGAGUUCGACCCCUCCGAGUUCCUACCCAUCAGCUUGUCUCAGUCUCAAUCCGCACCGCCGUCGCAAGCGACAUCCUUGAAGGACGUUAAUCGGCAAACCAUCGGCCGCAACAGCCAAAGAACGAUAGCUGAUUCGCAGGGGUUCGAUUCCUUACAUACUCAAUCCACGGGCCAGUCCGCCGCCUACCUUACCGCAACCGACCUCCCACAGCAAGCUUCCCAACCUAGCCCGGGAGAGCUUGCGCCAGAGACCGGCAAGGAGCCGCAGUCCUCGACCGCUGAAGGCCUGACGAGUCGUUCUGAGCUAGACAUACCGUCCCGCCAGCUCGAACCGUCACGCCACGUUUCUAGUGGCUCCCCGGAUCUCCUCGAGACGUUCGACGCCGCACGGAGUAGUCCACGCUGUUCAGUGAGCCGCCACUCCAGCGCCAAGCCGGAUCAGGUGGGAAACAGUUCUUGGGGCGAAGGCUUUUUGACGCAGCCAGAGUACGAGUUCUCGGUCUCUUGGGGUGAGGCAGAAUCAUCUGGACCCGGAGGUGUGCUUUCCGGCGAUCAAGAAUUGAGCGAGGUCCGUCAACAGAAGCAAGGAUUAUUCAGCCGGGACAAUAGCGCGCCUGGCAUUCAUUCAUUUCUGAGCGCAUCCGAAUUCCACACUCAUUCCCAGGCAGCCCAGAAUAUUUCCCCAACUGAGAUCAAUCUGGGGCAAAUUCUCACUCAGUUCUCCGAGGCCGCUGAACUACCCGAGGACGUUGUCCCUGAAACCAUCCAGAAAGUUCCUAAAACGAAGUCCCCUUGUCGACUCCCCAACCAAAGCGCAAGCAGCCCGCUAAAGACCCAGAACGGAGCGGUCGCUUCCAGCCUUCCCCUCGGCGCGGCGGGCUCGCAUCCAUCUACUCCAGUGCGGCAAAGAAUCACCCCUGUGCCGCCUACUCCCUCGCAUCGAAACAUGGACAAUGGUUCAAACCGGACGCCGCGCUCCGCGGUGGACGUCAUGCGCCAGCUACAGGCCGAAGUGUUCGGUACAUCCGCUGAUGUCCCGCCUGCAGAAACGGAGCCAGAUCAAGUCUUGAUCUCUCCUACUGCGGUUCUUCCGGGGAUGGAGAAUCUCUCACAGCGUUUAGAAACUGCCAAUGCGGCGGCGAAUAAGUCGCCAACGGAGCAGCCCCUCUCGGCUGUCGAAGAACUGAAUCGGCAAAUUGGCGUGAACAUCGACAUGCACGCUGAGAAUGCUGCCUUAGGGGAUCACGGCAUGGAACUCCAGCCUCCGCCCACCACGGUCGCACCGGCGGACCUGACCACUUCGAUGGAACAGAUAUCAGCCGCCGAUAACGAUCUUUCUUCCAGCGGUGUUCAUCAGUUCCUCAGUGAAGCCGCAGAGCGCGCCGUUCAUACGCCUCCAGAUGUCGAACCCGAGCGAUCUCCUCCAGAGAUGGGCAGCGGGGAGCAGGAAGAUGACGACAUCAACGGCAGACACUUCACAGUGACUCUGCCAAUGGCAGCGAAUACCCGGGCCAUCUACCUCGACACCAUCUCGGAGAACAGGGCGACUAUGAUUAGCUUCGGCGAGGUGUUCGCCAACUCACACUCCCAGGAUCCGGAGGCGUCCCUGGUCGUCAAGAUGGACAACAUCUUCGAGCAGCUAUUGAGACUCUGCGAUCUCCCCGCUUAUGACGACUCUCUUUCCGGACUGGGCAAGGACGAGAUGAUGAAGCACGCGACGAACACGAACAGCAAGUUUUCAUUCGUCUACGAGUUUUUGAGCGGUUUGUGGGACAUCAACGGCCGAGUCAUGAUCCUCUCCCAGCCGGGCCGUGUCUUCGAAUACAUGGAAGCGGUCGUUUCGGCUACAGGAUUGCCCUUUACCAUUCUUGGCGAGGAUGUCUCUGGACAGCAGCCAAUGGAAGGGAUGUCCGUCAUCCUCGCGGUGGCUGGACAGGACCUGUCCAUGGUCCAGGGUGGCGUCGACGUUGUGAUCCUCUUUGAUCACACGGCGAGAUCAGUUCAUCUCCCGGCGACGUUGGGCUACGAAUCAAUGGCGCCCAUUGUUCUUUCCUUGGUCGCUACCUAUUCGCUGGAGCACAUCGACCAGCAGCUCCUGGAAGUUGAGCAGGAUUUGGACGAUUUGGAGCGGAAAAACGCACUGAAUCUGGCAACCGUGACGGCAGGGAAGUACCUCAGGAACCCCCAGGGCCGGCGCUAUCCCGAGCCGCAUCAAGCGGCCACGAUAUUUGCGGACUUCUUGAAGAACCCGGAGAGUGGCCUGGACUGGGAGCCUCACCCACUCCCCUCCGAUGUCUUCGAGAUCUGGCUGAGCUCGCAAGAGCGCACCCAAUCUUCUCAGGACCAGGCCCACGUGGCAGAUGUCUCGAACGGUACCUACAACCGGAAACGCGCCUUGGAAAACGUCGAUGAAGGAACCCCCAAGCGACCAAGACUGCUACCAGAAUCCCGACAACCGUCCCGGAACCCCACACCCGCGCGGAUGAGUGAGUUGCUCAAAAAGACGCUCGCAAGUUACCCCAUCGAUGCGAGCGCCACCACCCAGGUCGUUGAAGUGCCCGUCGAGCAGCUGGAGCGGAUGGCAGAUAAGAUCGCGGAGCUGGAGGCCCGCCUGGCGACACAGAACAACAUCGAGUCGAAGUUCCGCGAACACAUGAUAAGCCUCGAGUCUCAACUUCGAUCCUAUGAGCGCACCGUCCAGUCAAUUCAGCCCAAGUACAUGGACGCCCUCCGGGACCGAGGGACCUUUGAGAAGGAAUGCAAGGUCGCCGUAGACGAGGCAAACGCCGCCAAGAAGCGUCUCGAAGCCCAGAAGACCGAAGUAGAGACUUUGAAGGAGAGAAACAAACUCCUGGAGUCUAAGCUCGCCGAGGCCAACGCCACGCUUGCGAACUCAACCAUCCCUGAAAUCGCGAAGCUUGCCCAAGCAGAGAAGGAGCGUGAUCAGGCUCUUGCCGCAGCGGAAAAGCUCGAAAAGAAGGUCCGCAGCCUGCAGAAUGAAGUCGAGUACACCCGCAAAGCGUACCAGGAUGCAUCCAAUGCGCACUCCGAGCUCAACCAGGAGAACCAGGAGCUGAAAAGCAUGGUCGCCAACCUCGAGAGGCGCGCCAGCGAGAACUUGCUCAAGAUCCACGAGAUCCACGCCAGGAAUCAAACGGCCGAAAUCAGCCGCCAAGUUGACGAGUUGCAAGCGACACUCGAGAAUCGUGAGCGCGAGCUGGAGCGCGCCAAGGAAGAACUCAAGGUCCUCAAGAAUGGCCGCCGCGAGACUCGCCAGGUUAGUGUUCCGCGCAGUCCGCGUACCGGCGUCAUGAGCCCUCGACCGGGUCGCGGCAUUAGUGGCUCAGGCAGUCGAGGUACCAGCCCCUCGCCGCUCAUGAGCUCGGACGGACCCGGCGGCAUCGGCACCGGCGGCGGCGGUGGCGGUGGCGGCAGUGGUCCCGUGCCCGGCAUGACCUUCUUCCCGACUGCGGGCAACGGCGGUCGCUGGGGCUACCUCCGGGAUUAGGAGCGCGGAGGUGCCAGCGGUGACGGGAGCAGUACCGGCAGUGCAUCGGCGUUUGCGCCUGCACUGAUUGCUAGCGAGCUCAGACCGAGGAUGUCGUCAGAGGGUCGGCGCGCCAAGCCAGCUGCGAAGGGAAAGCCGAAGCAGAAAUCCAAGAGCAUCACCGAUUCCGCCCAGGCGCCGGUGGUGACCGGGGUCAUUACGCCGCGCCGGAAGCGUGUCAGACGGGUCGCGGAGGAUCCGGCCACGCUGGACUCGCCGUCGCGGCGGACGCGAUCGGCAACGUCGAAGGCACGGCUGCUGCCGCCGACUCUGUCAGAUGAGUGAAUAGCAG